UAUUUAACCAGACGCAUCCCUCAGAAUCCCAAAUACCAGCACAUAAAAGCCCGCCUCGAUACUGGAAACAGUUUAACUAAAUACACUGAGAAGUUAGAAGAGAUCAAAAGAAAUUACAGGUAUAAAAAGGAUGAGCUGUUUAAAAGACUGAAAGUGACGACUCUUGCCCAGUUGGUCAUCCAGGUUGCCUCUCUAUCUGAUGAAACCUUAGAAGUGACAAAUGAGGAGAUCCACAAGCUGGAAGAUGUUUGUUCUGCUGCUCCAGAUGCAGAUGCUGAAGUCACAGCAGGGACAAACGGGAAGGGAAGCCCCGAUGGGACACCUAGUCCGGUCCUGUUUGUAAACAACACGGGAGCUGGGGAUUCCUAUCGGUCCACACUGCAGAGCGUGAUAAGUGGCGUUGGCGAAAUGGAUAUAGAAAAGGACGCUCCGAAGAAAGCGGACGUUCCGGCUAAAGACACGCCUUACCCCGACUGCCCCUUCCUGCUGUUGGAUGUGCGAGACCGAGACGCGUACGACCAAUGUCACAUUGUUGGAGCUUAUUCCUACCCUAUUGCCACGCUCUCUAGAACCAUGAACCCAUACACAAACAGUAUUCUGGAAUAUAAAAAUGCACACGGAAAAAUUAUCAUUUUGUAUGACAACGACGAGAGGUUAGCCAGCCAGGCUGCCACCACCAUGUGUGAGAGGGGCUUUGAGAACUUGUUCAUGUUAUCUGGAGGCCUGAAGGUCCUUGCACAGAAGAUCCCCGAGGGUCUGAUCACUGGCUCGCUCCCCGUGUCCUGCCAGGUGGCAGCUCCCACCGGAUCGGCCCGAAGAAAGACCUCCCCCAGAGUGCCACCCGCCCGUGCUGAGAAUAAAUGGAGAUUUUCUGCAGAUGACCUACAAAAGAUCAAACACUACCUAGAAGAGGAACACAUGCCUUCAGACACUGCCAGCCGUCUUAGCCGUGGUUCUUCAGGCCGUGAUUCCAAAGCCACAACUGUGAGGAGCAGCCUCAAUCUCCCCGGCACCGCGGGAUCCCUCACCUCCCGCUCGCUCAGCGGGAGCAGCCUCCAGAGCAGGCCGUGGAAAUAA